AUUCAGCCGUGUAAGCGCCCGACCUGUUCCUUUACAGAAAGUAAACGCCGUUCUCACUGAGCGCCACAGACCCGGACCCUGCAGCCUCUUUCUCUCAGCGGGCAGACCCCACUGAUAUGAGCCUCGGCACCGUCCUCCGGCCCGUUGUACCCGCCGCACACAAUCGCCGAGUUUAGUCUCCGCCGUUUUUUCGCGACAGACAGUCGACUUUAGCUAGAUAUUCUGUCGAGCGGAGAUGCCCGAGGACGUUGGGACGGCCAAACCCGGAGGCGUGAUUGCCUAUAUCUCCUCUGGCUCCGCCUCCAGCCCAGAGUCCUGUAUGGGCAGCAGCCCCAGCAGCGGCUACCUGUCGACAUCACCCACUCUGUCCCGCCCCUUGCUGCCCAGCAGGGCUGUGGGCAUGGUGGUGGACAUCGCUCCGCCGGCCAAGAGCGGGCACCCGCGCGGCCACGGCACGGAGAAGGCCGGGCGAUCCUCCACGUCUGCCAAGAGCAGCAUCACCAAAAUCAACGGCAUGGUGCUGUUGUGCAAGGUGUGCGGCGAUGUGGCCUCGGGCUUCCACUAUGGCGUGCACGCUUGUGAGGGCUGCAAGGGUUUUUUCAGGAGAAGCAUCCAGCAGAAUAUCCAGUACAAGAAGUGUCUUAAGAUGGAGAACUGCACCAUCAUGCGGAUCAACAGGAACCGCUGCCAGCAGUGUCGGUUCAAGAAGUGUCUGGCUGUCGGCAUGUCCCGAGAUGCUGUCCGGUUUGGCCGCAUCCCAAAGAGGGAAAAGCAGAGGAUGCUGCUAGAGAUGCAGAACGCCAUGAACAACAUGAUGAGCAACAACAGCCAGCUGCACAGCAUCCUGCACGGCCACCAGAGCCCCCCGCUGCCCAUGGAGGCCAUGGCCAGCGAUGCCAGCUCCUCGCCCUCCUCUUCCUCCUGCUCUGCUUCCGAUUCCCCGUCAUGCUCCAGCCCCUCCUCGCCGCAGUGCCCCCAGGACUCAGAGUCGGUGGUUUCCAUGGACACCAACUCCAGCUCCGCCUCGUCCUGCGCAUCGGACAGCGGCGAGGACGAGGCCAUCGUCGCCACGAGCAGGCAGCACCAAGACGCCCUCGCGUUCGGCCAGCAGCCCUCGCCGGUCACAGUCGCCCUGGAGACCAGGUGUGACACCCGCCUGGAGGAGCAUCAGGAGAGCUGGAACUGCUGGAACAACAAUGCAGUUGCGGGAGGCUGCCAGCGCAGUCUCUACAGCAACAGCCAACACGUCACCAACACUGGUUAUAGGGAGGAGAGGGGAGUCUACCACCAGCAGCAGCCGCAGCCGCAGCUCAGCAGCUCCCCUGGCUGUGAACCAUCAGAAGACAGCCAAAGACAGCAUGAAUUUAACACACAAACUGCCUCAAGUGGUUUCAAUGGACCAACCAGCUGUGUGAAUAGUAGAGCACACUUGGUCUGUCCGAUGAACACCUCGCCCUACGUGGACCCCCACAAGCCAAGCCAGGAGAUCUGGGAGGAGUUCUCCAUGAGCUUCACGCCCGCCGUGCGGGAGGUGGUCGAGUUCGCCAAGAGGAUCCCGGGCUUCCGCGACCUCCCCGAGCACGACCAAGUCAGCCUCCUGAAAGCCGGAACGUUCGAGGUGCUGAUGGUCCGGUUCGCCUCUCUGUUCAACGUGGUGGAGCGGACGGUGACCUUCCUGAGUGGCAAGCGCUACAGCCUCGACACGCUGCGCUCGCUGGGCGCCGGCGAGCUGCUCAACUCCAUGUGCGAGUUCAGCGAGAAGCUGGCGGCGCUGCGGCUCGACGCCGAUGAAAUGAGCCUCUUCACUGCCGUGGUGCUCGUCUCAGCCGAUCGCUCAGGGAUCCAGGACCUGAACUCGGUGGAGGCCCUGCAGGACAAACUGAUCCGGGCGCUGCGAAACCUGGUUAUGCAGAACCACGACGACGAGGCCGCCACCACCUUCACCAAGCUGCUGCUCAAGCUUCCCGAGCUGCGUUCCCUCAACAACAUGCACUCGGAGGAACUGCUGUCCUUCAAAGUGCACCCCUGAAAGCUUCCCGAGGUGGCAGAUCUGUGCCCUCCACCUACUCCACACACCUCCACCUCCACCAGGACUCUGGUGCCUCUUAGUGCCCCCUCGCCCUCUGUAUUCGACCAACCCAUUUGCGUGUUUGUUUUCUAGAAUGUAUUGAAAAGUCCUUCUUUUUUUUUGAUCGUAUUUUGGUUAAGUAGACCGCGUGGGGUCUGAAGAGAGAAAAAUAUAAAACGUACUGUAUUUAUAGAAGAGAUAGCUUACGCUUGUUGCACACAAACACGCAAGUGCACACGUGUCAGAGGUUCUUAGUUUUGCAAAGUUGGAGGCACUUUUUCUAUUUUCAAGAGAAAGAAGAGUACUUAACUGGCGUUACGAAAUGAUAGAGUAGAAACAAAUUAGUCAGUAUGAAUUUUUUUUUUUUUUUUUUUUUCUCCGAGCAUUCAUGUUUCCUCCGAAAGCCAUUUAAUUCCAAAGUGUAUUCUCUGAUGAGCGGGUGAAUGUGAGAGACAGAAUAUAUAUACGCCGCAUGUUUGUUUGGUCCAAUAAUUUUUUUGACUGAUACACGUCAACAGGAAAGGCAAGCUAUCAGAAAACGUAUCGAAGAAUGUGUGACGAUCGCUGCUAAUGCAUGGCUGUACUUAAUGCGAACAACUAUUACUUGGGUUUCCUCCCCUCGGCUCAGAAAGCAUCAGUUCAUUGUUUCAGUGCGUAUAGUGUUGUUGUUUUUUUUAUUUUAUUUUGUUUUUUUACGUGUUCAAGUCCAAGUCAACUGCCUGUACACUGCCUGGUGAUUUUUUUUUUUUUAUUUU